CUAAUGGACGAAGGCACUGAUGCUCGGGAGAUCCUGGAGAACAAACUCCUGCCGCUUCGACGAGGCUACAUUGGCGUUGUCAAUCGGUCGCAACGCGACAUUGAGGGUCGCAAGGACAUCAAAGUUGCCCUUGAAUCGGAGCGAAAGUUCUUCAUUUCUCAUUCUGGCUAUCGCCACAUGGCUGAUCGAAUGGGAACACCGCACCUGCAGCAAGUUCUCAAUCAACAACUCACCGAUCAUAUUCGCGACACACUGCCUACUUUGCGAGACAAGCUGCAGAAGCAGUUGUUGUUGUUGGAGGAGGAGGUUGAUGAAUACAAAAACUUUCAACCCGAUGAUUUGCAACUCAAAAACAAAGCCAUGCUGCAAAUGGUUCAACAGUUGGACAGCAAUUUUAAAGAAAGUUUUGCUGGUCUUGGAUCUACCCAAGUCAGUACUUCUGAACUGUCUGGAGGUGCGCGCAUCAACCGACUCUUCCACGAGCGUUUCCCAUUUGAAAUUGUUCAAGUGGAGAUUAAUGAGAAGGAACUUCGCAGUGAGAUCGCCUUUGCCAUUCGUAAUAUUCACGGUAUUCGAGUCGGUCUUUUUACACCUGAUUUAGCGUUUGAGCUAAUCGUUAAAAAGCAGAUUGAAAAGCUGCGCGAACCCUCCAUCAAGUGCGUCGACCUGGUCACCGGCGAAGUGUUCGACGUUGUCCGUCGUUGCACACUAAAGAUGGCUCGCUACCCUCGGCUGCGGAAAGAGUGCGAGCGCAUCAUCAUGUCACACGUGAGAGAGCAGGCGAGAAAAGCCAAAGAACAGAUCAUGAUGCUCUGUGAUGCAGAGGUGGCCUACAUGAACACUAAUCAUGAAGACUUUAUUGGCUUCUCCAAUGUCCAGCAGUCUGCUGACAGCACGCAGAAGUGGAAGCUAGGCAACCAGAUCAUUCGCAAGGGCUACAUGUGCAUUCACUUCGGUAUGUUGAAAGGCGGCUCUCGCUAUUACUGGUUCGUUUUGACGAGCGAGUCUCUGUCCUGGUUUAAGAAUGAGGAGGAGAAGGACAAAAAGUACAUGCUUUCGUUGGAUGGUCUCAAAAUUAAGGAUAUAGAACCUAGCUUCAUGUCUCGUCGACACUUGUUUGCAAUUUUCAAUCCUGAUCAAAGAAACGUCUAUAAGGAUUACAAGCAACUCGAGUUGUCGUGCGAAUCACAGGAGGACGUUGACUUGUGGAAGGCCUCCUUCUCGCGAGUUGGUGUGUACCCGGAGCAAAGCAACAACACCGACAUUUUAAGUGGUGGUAAUGAAGAUGAAGGCUUCGACGCCGGUGUAUCUAGUCUUGAUCCUCAGCUGGAGCGACAGGUGGAGACCAUUCGCAACUUGGUUGAUUCCUACAUGAAGAUUGUCACAAAGACAUAUCGAGAUCUUGUUCAAAAAAUAGUCAUGAAUACAAUGAUUAACAGUUCUAAAGAAUUUGUUUAUGGCAAUUUUUUGCUUCAGCUGUAUGCUGUUGACAAUCAGCACGAAAUGAUGGAGGAGUCUCCCGAAGAGGAGGGAAAGAGAAAGGAGAUGCUGCGAAUGUAUCACGCCUGUAAAGAGGCACUCUCCAUCAUCGGCGACGUUUCCAUGCAAACGAGCUACCAGCCAGCUCCACUCCAAUCCAGUCCAAUCAAGGACGACUGGCAGUUUCGCAACUCUGCUCCAUCGCCCACUCCAAUGACUAGCAACUCGAUGGCCAGCAAGCCACUUCCGUCGUCAAACAUUUCCAAUAGUCGGCCAGUGCCGCCACCGGCUUCCGAUAAAAAUUGCGGCGCCCCACCUCCUUCAAGUCACUUGUUUGAGAAAGAGAUGGCCCAGUUUAUGAAAAGCUUUGAUCGGGUCGACACUCCUCUGAUUCCAAC